AUGACAGAAGCUGAAGAGAAAUCUUGCAAUACAUGGAAGAAUAUAAGAAAAUCGUAUGUACAGAAAAAGGUGCCAGUUCAAAAAGUGCCUCAUUUUGUUCCUGAUCAAGCAUCCGAGAAGAAAAGAACAACCCCUCUCAACACUGCAUAUACCAUUCGAAAGUCAAGGCCAGUCAGUGGUGUCCAUACUCGAUCAUAUAGGGACAGAGUGAUUCACCUACUAGCACUGAAAGACUACAAGAAAUAUGAACUUCUUGUUCAACUGCAAAAAGAUGGCAUCAAAAUAAAUGACCCCAAUUUUCUUGGAAAAAUUCUGCUGCAGGUGGCUAAUUUGAAUGCCACUACUUUGUCAUACACAUUAAAAGACAGUAUCUUCAAUGAGAUUCAGAGAGAUUGGCCUGGCUAUAAUGAGGAAGACAAGUUGUUAUUGGAUUUGGUGCUUUCCAGAAAGCUACGUCCAUUUCACAAUGCUACCAAGGCCACCCAUUGCAAAGAGUCAUCUGUAGUUUCCAAAACAGAUGAUUCAUCAUCCUCAAAGGAUCAUUUUCUCUCUUUAUCUGGUAUUGACACUUUAAUGAAAAAUAAAGGUGGAUUCUCUGCCCCUAAAUCUGGUGGACAAUUAACAUCAAAUGGCCAAGCAAGUGGUAACAGUGAGAAACCUGUAAUUCUGUCGUGUUCUGCUGCUACUACCAAAUGCAUCCCUCGACCAUUGCCUGGCUCCCAUCUGCCAAUUUCGAAUUCACCAGUCCUUAUAAGAUCUAAUCGCAAUGUUUGUAGUUCUCCAGAAGAUGGGACUCAAAAUCCAUGUGACAUCAGCCAUGACAGUGGCAUGCUUGAACGAGAGAUGAAUAAGCACACUUCUUUCGAAGCUCCAUCCUGUGUUUCAGUUCAAAAAAUGUAUUCAAAGACAAUAGAAAUACCACAUUUUAUGCCUGAGAAGUUCAAAUGUGCAUUUGCAAAGCGAAAAACAACUAUCCCAAACUACAUUACCAGCACAAUGGAGAAACCAAAGACAGAUUUUAAGAAACAAGAUAAAAUUAUGAAGUCAGAUUCUAACAAGGAAGUUAAAAAAGUUUUCCCUGAUUAUGGGAAGACCAGUUUUACAUCUGAAACUCCAGAUUAUUUGGCAAAUUAUUCCAUUAUACUUUCCUCUGACCAACGUCAGUGUUAUGAGAAGGAAUUCAGGGCAGAUUAUAGUGAAUAUCAAGCCACAUACAACAAGAUACAGAUUUUAUGCACACCAAUCAUUGGCCUAGAUUCAGAAAGAAAGGAAUUUUCUCCAGGAUCAAAAGAAUACCAAUAUAUUACUAAAAAAAUUUUAGUAGCCUAUCAGAAAAUGCGGCAGCUUAAUCCUAAAUUUUGUGAAGAAAAGGAUAGAUGUGUGUUUCUUUACAACAAGCUGGUUCACAUUAAAAAGUUAAUAAAUGAUUUUGACCAGCAAGAAGUAAAAUCUACACAGUAA